GUCGAAGAGGGAGAGGUACCGCCUGGACAUCAUCGUGAAAUUUCAGUUAUUUCAUUGCCGCGACGGCAUCAUCAUCGUUGUCACGUCCCUUCGUAAGUCACGGCGCGUGCCACGCGACUCCAGCGCCACCGCGCGUCGCCGAGGCUUACUAAAGCAUUGGAUCUUUCAAACUACUGUUGGUAUUCUCAACUAUCGAUGGGAUAAAGGACGAAUGACGUCCAGGUUAUCGUCGUGGAAGAGAUGACUUUUCUCAGCUAUGGCCGGCGACAGCUUGUUGUGUGGCACGGUGGCCAAGAAGAGGAGAAUUGUGCAUGUAGAGGAGUCCGACUGGGCGGGAGGGGUCGAUAAGAGAAAUCGAAUCGGGCUACGUGGAGUCGUGAAAGUGAAGGUGAACGUCACCGUUAUACCUGCGAGACAGGCCGAUCGAGCCCGAUGAAUACCUGUUGCUCUUUGCUGGUAUCCCCCCGUCAUCCGAUCGUUCUUUUCCUCGCUCGCUCGCUCGCGUCGUCGACGCACACCGCUGCAUCGAGGAAUUUAUUUAUGGAUUUACACGCCAGACGAUAAGUGUGACACCCGAUAAGGAGAUAAUUGUAUACAUUUCGUUCGCAAGUGUCAAGCGCAGAUCGUCGACGAUUAUGGAAGGUCUGAGGGAGAAACUGAACGAGUACCAUCAGGUACAUCUGCUUAGAUUUUGGGAGGAGUUGACGGACGAGGAUAGAAACCAACUGGAGAAUGAUAUAGAAGAGUUGGAUCUGCAAGAGACUACUGCGUACUUUAAGAAAGCUGUGGAAUCCUCCCAGCACAUCGGUCAAGGUAUGCUGGAUGACAAGGUACGACCGAUCGACGAGGCAAAGAUCGCUUCUGUUAAGACUUCGACGAAGGAAGAACUCAAAAGAUACGAAGAACUAGGUUUGACAGAAGUCGUUGAGAAUCGUGUCGCUGUAUUAUUGAUGGCAGGUGGACAGGGCACACGUUUAGGAGUGACCUAUCCCAAGGGAAUAUACGAUGUCGACUUGCCAUCUCAUAAAACUCUCUUUCAAUUGCAAGCAGAAAGGAUACUUCGUUUGCAAAAUAUAGCAGAACAACGUUGUGGAAAACGUGGAGAGAUAACUUGGUACAUCCUUACUAGCGAUGCUACUCAUGAUACCACUGUUGCAUAUCUACGUCAACACGAUUACUUUGGUUUAAAAGAAAAAAAUGUCAGAGCUUUUAAACAAGGCAUGUUGCCUUGUUUUACUUUCGAUGGAAAUAUUAUUUUGGAUGCCAAGCAUCGGGUUUCUAAAGCACCUGAUGGUAACGGAGGAUUGUAUCGCGCAUUGAAGAAUCACAAAAUACUGGACGAUAUGAUACAGCGUCGUAUCCGAAGUAUCCAUGCACAUUCCGUGGAUAAUAUCAUGGUAAAAGUAGCGGAUCCUAUAUUUAUAGGAUACUGCUUGCUCUCCGAAACGGAUUGCGGAGUCAAAGUUAUUGAAAAAUCUUCUCCUUCUGAAGCGGUUGGCGUAGUUUGCAAGGUGGAAAAUCAUUAUCAAGUAGUAGAAUACAGUGAGAUAACGAAGGAGACCGCGGAACUUCGUCACGACAAUGGACAACUGGUAUACAAUGCCGCCAACAUAUGCAAUCACUAUUUUACGAUUGAUUUUCUAAAAGAUAUUGUAUACUUUCACGAGAAAGAUUUGAUUCUACACGUGGCGAAGAAAAAGAUUCCAUACAUCAACGAUGAAGGGGAAAGGAUCACUCCGAAAAUUCCGAACGGCAUCAAAAUAGAGAAAUUUGUAUUUGAUGUAUUUCCUUUCGCAAAGAAUUUCGCGGUAUGGCAAGGAACUCGCGAGGAAGAAUUCAGCCCGUUGAAAAAUUCAAAUUCCGCCGGUCAAGAUUGCUCGAGCACUGCUCGCACUGAUCUGCUCAAUCUACAUAAAAAAUGGUUAUUAGACGCAGGCGCGAAAGAGGUUGACGAUAACGUCGAGAUCUCUCCUUUACUCUCAUACGCGGGGGAGAAUUUAUAUGAAAUAGCGAACAAUCAAUCUUUCGCAGGACCGCAAGUUCUCGAAUAUUGAAAACGAAUGAAAAAGAUUCCGCCGAUCUAUCGUAACGAGUUAUAUUGGAAACAAUAUUUACAUUCCUGUGAUGAAAUAAAAUUAUGAAAUAAGAUGAAAUAAGAUAAACAUAAGUAUAUCGUUUAUAAUAAUUAUAUUUUAUUAUAACAUUAGUUUUGAGAUCUAUAUACAAUUUGCAAACUUUCAAAAUUAAAUCAUAUUUACAAUGAUGGAGCUGGUUACUAUCUGGAUCAAAGAAAAUGAUGUAAAUAAGCAUUAUAUUAAUAAUGCAUUAUGUAUAUCGAAUUUCCGGCUGAUAUAAAUUCAAAU